AUGUCCGACGAAGAUGUUCAUAGAUCUCGUGAUGAACAAUAUAUUAUUGACUUAGUCACACCCACGUGUGAUCCUCAAUUGAUUCCAUUUGAGGGACAAAUAUUUCCUACAUUGGAGUUGGGUGUCAAAUUCUAUGAGGAGUACGCGGAUGCAGCUGGCUUUGAGACACAUCUAAGUACGCCCAAAAAAACGGAAGACAGUACCAUGCUUUAUAGGUAUGUGUUAUAUAACCGAGCUGGAUUGAAGCCCAAGAAAAAAAUUCCGUCGAAUACUAAGGGAAAUGAACCUAAGAAGCAAAGGCAAACAGUGUCUAUUAGAGUUGAAUGUAUGGCACACAUUGUCCUCCGUCAUGCUGGUAAUCGUGGAUACAGGGUCACCACCUUUGAUGAGGAGCACACGCACAAUAUGGUCCCUGAAGGUCAGCGGCAUCUUAUGAAUUCUAAGAGAAAUGUCAAUUAUAUUCAUCAAAUGAUGAUGCUUACUGGAAUGAAAGCGAAUAUCGGGCCUAUGAAGACAUUUAGAUUUUAUAAGGAACUAGUCGGUGGAUACGAUGAUGUGGGCUGUACUCCACAAGAUUUCAAGAAUUAUGGUCGUGAUCUAAGGGCGUUUUCCGAUGGAGUUGAUGCCCGCAUAUUAUUAGAUAAUUUCAGGGAUAAACAAGAGAGUUGUCCAGGUUUUAAGUUCUCCUUUGAUACAUUUGAAGAUACUACAUUGAAGAGACUGUACAAAAUGAUAUUAACUCCUUUCACUGGCAGGGACAAUCAUGGGAGAUGCAUAACCUUUGGUGCUGCUCUUAUUUCGAAUGAGGAUGUUGAAUCCUAUUCAUGGGUCUUCAGCAAAUUUGUUGAGAGUAUGGGAGCUCAUCCACUUAUCCUUAUAACAGAUCAAGACCCGGCAAUGAGAAAGGCCAUUGAAAACCCUGAUCUUGUUGAACCUUCUGUCUUUGAGGAGAAAUGGCACCGUCUCAUGGAUGAGUAUGACCUCGGCGGCAAUAGAUGGUUUACCGACAUGUUUGCAUUAAGAGCCAAUUGGGUACCGGCAUAUUUUCGGGACACUAAAAUGAGUGGGCUCUUCAGGACGACGUCAUUGUCAGAGAGUGAAAAUAGUUUCUUCAGACGGCACGUUAAUAAGAACUCGAAUUUGGUGCAACUAUAUAUGCAUUAUGUUGGAGCUAUGGAGGCACAACGUAAUACAUAUGAUACUAUAACUCUGGCUGACGAAACUGGUUCUCUUGAUUUGAUUACCCAGUCUCAUAUAGAACACCAUGCAUCAACCGUAUACACGAAUAAAAUAUUCAAGGAGGAGGUGCAAGUGGAAAUUGUUUCCGCCGCAUGA